AUGCUAGCCAAAGCUAGUCCCUUUAGGAUUGCAGAUUAUGGAAGUAAACAUACUUCCAGAAUCCAUAGUAGUAAGAACCCAACUCUUCAGCAUCUUAAACUACUUUUGAGAAUCGCAUUAAGACAAGAAUCUGACCACCUUGAUGUAGGUGAUAAUUAUGCUAUAAGUGAUAUAAAAUCAGAAAAUUCUGACCCUAAAGAUGAGCACAAUUCAGAUCCAAAAUCAGAGUCUACAGAAAAUGAUGAAAUAUCUGAUAUUAUUAAUAUUUAUAGCUACUAG